GGCUGCGUCAGUAACUGCAGAGUCUCCGCCCGGAGCCGCAAUCCGCAAAACUGCAGCAGCGCGAGGGAGGGACAGACAGAGAGUGGACACGGGCCGGAGCUAUGGACCGAGGUCCCCGAGCGCUGUUCCCGCCGCUUCUCCCGCUUCUCCUCCUGAGCGCGAUCUCCUGCUCAGCCGAGCAAUGUAAUGAACCCCUUGUGGCUCAAGAAUACUCGAGCUCCAUGACGGCCUCCUCCUAUUACUCAUAUUCCUACUCGCCAAGCUACGGAAAACUGCACUCGAUAGGUGGCUGGUCUCCCCAGGUUUCAGACCGACUCCCUUGGCUCCAGAUUAACUUGUCGCAGAGAUCAAAAAUCACUGCAAUCGCCACACAAGGAACAUACAAUUCUUAUGAUUGGGUGACUAAGUACCUCUUCUUGUAUGGUGACCGGCCAGACAACUGGACACCAUUCUAUCAGCAGGGACAUAACUGGACUUUUGCAGGAAACCGGAAUUCUGAUGAUGUGGUUCGACAUGAGCUAUGGAGACCGGUUCUCGCACGCUCUGUCCGCUUUGUGGCCCUCGGCUGGAGCGUCAAUCGUUACGUUGGGUUUCGGGUCGAAGUCUAUGGCUGUCAUUAUGAUUCUGACAUGGUCUCUUUCGAUGGGAACAGUUCUCUGAGCUACCAAUUCCAGGAUGAAAAUACUCGCUCACUCUUCGACUCCAUCUCAUUCAACUUCAAAACCAUGGCUCAGGACGGACUUCUCCUACACAGUGAGGGUGAAGAGGGAGAUUAUAUCACGGUGGAGCUCCAGGGAGCAAAGCUUCUGUUUCACAUUAAUUUAGGCAGCAGCAAUAUCCAUUCAGUGAGUGGAGAGACUUCCAUCACAUUGGGCAGUUUACUCGAUGACCAGCACUGGCACAUGGUCCUCAUUGAGCGCUAUGGACAGGACAUUAAUAUCACUCUCGAUGGUCAUGUUGAACGUCUUCUCACAAAUGGUGACUUUGAUCACCUAGAUUUGAAUUCUCUGAUUGUUUUCGGUGGAUUGAAUACCACAGAGAGACUGAGACUGGUCGACAAGCCAAACUUCCAGGGCUGUAUGGAGAACAUUAUGUACAACAACAUCAGUAUCAUCGACCUGGCGAGAGCAAGAUAUUCACAAACACAGACGCUGGGUAAUAUACGUUUUUACUGCCGUGAAUUCCUGUACAAGGAUAGGCCAUUCUAUCCCAUAACCUUCGCAACGCAAGCCAGCUUUAUCCAAGUACCAGGAAUACCAAUGCAGAACCAGCUAUCUGUCAACUUCAGUUUCCGAUCUUUAGACACAAGUGGUCUGCUUCUUUUCAGCAACUUUUCUGAGGGUCUUGGCUGGCUGGAGAUGGGUUUAAGUGAAGGACAAAUCAACAUCUCAUUCCAACAAACUGGCAAGAAAAGACUGGAGUUUGCUGCAGGUUCGAACUUGACUGAUGGACACUGGCACUCAGUUCAGCUGCUGGCCCGAAUGGACUCUGUUAUUGUUGUCAUUGAUGAGAGGGAGGAUGCACCGAUACGGAUCAACCAUGCUUUACGGGUGCAGACUGGUGAUCAGUACUACUUUGGAGGCUGCCCCACAAGUGUAAGGAACUUGGGAUGUUUUUCAAAUGUGAGUAUGUUCCAUGGCUGCAUGCAACACAUCCACGUGGACAAUUAUCUUGUGGAUCUGGAGCUAGUAAAAAGACGCAAACUAGGAAGAUAUGCAGAGAUGCUGUUUAACACGUGUGGAGUUGCAGACAGAUGUACCCCAAAUUUGUGUGAACAUGGAGGAAUUUGUCUGCAGACUUCAGAUAAUUUUGUGUGUGAUUGUGAGAGAACAGGAUACACAGGCCCAACCUGUCAUAACUCCUUCUAUCCUGAGUCAUGUGAUGGGUAUAGAAAACUGGGCGUGCGAACAUCUGGGAACUACACUAUCGACCCUGAUGGGAGUGGUCCUUCCAGACCCUUCACUGUUCACUGCAGAAUGACAGAACAUAAAGCCUGGACAAUUGUUUACCACCAACAGCAGCAAGAGGUCAAAGUAACUGGUUCGACCUUAGAUCAGCCUUUUGUGGGACAGAUCAAAUAUUACAACAACACAGAGGAAGAGAUUUCUGCAAUAACUCUAGCAGCUGAGUAUUGUGAACAGAGUAUCUCCUUCUCCUGCUAUAGGUCCCGUCUCCUCAACAGUCCAUCUGGGCUGCCUUUCUCCUGGUGGCUGGGCCGUGGAUUUGAGAAACAUUUCUAUUGGGGAGGUGCGACUCCUGGGAGUCAAAGAUGUGCCUGUGGGAUGGAGAAGAGCUGCACUGACCCCAAGUAUUUCUGUAAUUGUGACGCAGACUACAGACAGUGGAAGACUGACCGAGGUUUGCUCAGGUACAGGGAGGACCUACCAGUCACAAAAGUUGUUGUUGGUGACACAAACCGUUCCGGCUCUGAGGCCCGAUUUACUGUGGGUCCUUUGCGUUGCUAUGGAGAUGGUGAGUGCCCAGGAGCCAGGUGGUUUGGGCAUUGAAGAGGUGGGGGAGAGAAUA